GACUAAGAGAGGAGUACCGUAAUUAAUGGCAACUUAUACCACGGUAAAAUUCUCCAGAGAGUAUGUACGAGUACAAAACAAUAAUUAACCUUCCUGUCGAUACACAUAACAAUUUUUAUUUAAUACUACUACUAUUAUUAUUACUAUUAUUAUUAUUCUUACCAUUCUUCUUCUUUGAUAUUCACUUCUGCACAUUCCAUUCCAUCUCUGAUCUCACCCUUCUCUGUUUGUCUGAUCACUUCUUCUUCUUCUUACACCUCUCAAGGCUCAAACGGGAAAUCGCGAACCGACGUACCGAUUCUUUCAGCAAUCCAAAUUAAACUUCCUUCCCAUCGUUCUCGACCUUAAACCAUCGCCAAAGUUCCAAGCACAAACAAUACCACUCCUUUCAAAUACACCACAAUCACAUCCAACGACCAUCAGUUCAAUUCAAUUUGUUUCUGGCAUUCUCACAAUCAAUCUCUAAUUGUAAUCAACGACCACAAGCUUCUGGGCAUCCAGCAUCCAGCAUCCAGCAUCCAGCUCACCUCACCUCACCUCGCCUCGACACAACCACAAAACUACUCCAACUCGACGACCUCUAUCGACACCGACACCGACACCAACACCUCCACUCACACCUUUAAUCAUGCCUCAAGGUUAUUCAUCUCGAGAUGUUGGUGACCCAUCGCAAAUUAAGAAGAAUAAGCAAUCAAUGGCAGAUCUCAAAUUAAGACGUCUUACUGAAUUGAACAACCGGCUCCGAGAAGAUUUAGAACGCGAAAGGAUCCCAGUCUCGCAAGCUGCUAAGAGUAUUAUUCAAUAUACCAGUCAAACUAAAGAUUUUAUGGUUCCCUCAAUUUGGGGUACUGUUGAAAAGAAGGACGAUCCAUAUGCGCCGCAACAAAGUGGUGGAUGCUGUUUGGUGAUGUAAGACAAGGAAGAACACACCAAGAUAAUUCGAAAUGGAAAGCAUACGAACGACCCGACAAUGACCAAUUAUAAUUUCAUCAAUCACUCAAUUCAUCAAUCCAUUCAGAUACACCAAUUUCGAUAUCGAUCCUUCCUUUUACAAAAAUCACGUACAUCACCAUACAGAGGGAGAGAGGGAGGUAGCAGACCAGAAUAAAGGGCGUUAUUAACGGGGCGUAUUGGGGACAUCAUUCACUUUUCAGCCUUCUUCGACAUUGUUUCCAGAAAUCCUAAUGUUUCUUCUCGAACCUUUUCGUUAUACGCCUGCUCUUUUUCUCAUGAGGAUACCAAAAGAAGCAUUAGCAUAUUUCACCCAUUGGAGGUACAUUUUCAUCAUCGACAGGGCACGAUAGCAAGCUGGUUACUCUUACUCUCGAUUCGAGUGUAUCUACGACGUGUAUCUUGAGGAGUGCGAUUGUUUGAGACUUUUCUUGAUGAGAAUGAAAGGCAGGAUAAAGUCAUUAAGAAGGAAGAUGAAGAAGUGAAAUGGGGAAAUGGGAAAAGAAGCAUGUAAUAAUUUUUUUUUCGUUUCUGUUCGUAGUAGUUACACCUUUUUUUCCCUCUAGGACUACCAACAAACAUAGUAUGCACCUUUAUAUGGACUUCUUUGUGUAUAGGAUUAUUUCAAUGGAAAGUCAUUGGGAUGGUAUUGUUUUUUAUACGAAUGAAGAGACUUUUGUUUUUUAAUGCAUCUAAUUUAUUUUGAUAUCUAGUGAACUUUGAGUGAGAGUGAGAGAGAUUAUAUCA